CCAAAUCUGUAAUGACACGUUUUGGAUCGAAUGGAUCUCCAUUCCUGCAGCCGGGAGGUGGGGGGCUUCUACUCCUCAGGCUAUUUUCAGAAUCUCUGUCUGAGAUUACAACACCAUAAAACCAGCCCAGCUGAUUUGGGUGCUUGGCUGGAAAAUUGGAAAGACUGUUGACUGCUUCUUCCUCCUGUGUUGUACUACUGGUAUGUCCGUGCCGUUUUAUGCAGAGAUGAUGCCGUGUGGACCGCCUGCGGGGCCGUCAGGUUCCUCACAAACAGAUCAGAUGAAAGCUGCGGGGUUGAGUGCGCGUAAGAUGGGUAGUACCGCCGUCCGUCGCUAGAGGGCGGAAAAGGACAAAACUGGUUCAGGCAGAAGCGGGGAGAGCCGGUCUGAAAGCAGGGGCUGGCCUUGACGGAGGAGGGCCAUCAUGUCAGUUUCCACAGUGUGUCUGAACACGGAUAGAGUAGAGAUACAAGAGACCACGCUGCUCUGACUCAUACCGACACACAGCGCGGACUCCUUGUGGCUGAGCCAUCAGACCACACGCCGAACACAGAGAGGAAGAACCGACCGGCGGCCGAGAGCGAGAGGCGGCAAAGCGGGAAGCUCCGUGUCCCCCGACCGAGAGAGAAGAAAGAGGAAACCAAGCCAGCGAUGUCGGCGUUGAAAAAGAGAAACUCAAACUCCUCGGCGGACAGGGAGGACAAGCAGGUCACGGAAAGGAUGCUGUCCCCGGACAGCAGCGGGGACAAGGGGGACGCCAACCAGGGUGGAGCGCCGGGAAGCGACGCCAAGAGCCCCAACAACGCCACCGGAGGAGAGGACGGGGUCGUCCUGAAGAGGACCAUCACCCUGAUGAACGGCGUGGCCAUCAUCGUGGGCACCAUCAUAGGCUCGGGCAUCUUCGUCACCCCGACCGGCGUGGUGCGGGAGGCCGGCUCGGUGGGUCUGUCCUUGAUAGUGUGGGCGGUGUGCGGGGUGUUCUCCACGGUGGGAGCCCUGUGCUACGCGGAGCUGGGGACCACCAUCACCAAGUCCGGCGGAGACUAUGCCUACAUCCUGGAGGUGUACGGCUCCCUGCCGGCUUUCCUCAAACUCUGGAUCGAGUUGCUCAUCAUCCGGCCGUCCUCCCAGUACAUCGUCGCCUACGUGUUCGCCACCUACCUCCUCAAGCCCCUGUUCCCCGUGUGCGCGGUGCCGGAGGACGGGGCCAAGCUCGUGGCCUGCCUGUGUAUCCUCUUGUUGACGUUUGUGAACUGCUACAGUGUGAAGGCAGCCACCAGAGUGCAGGACUUCUUCGCCGCGGCCAAGCUCCUGGCGCUCGCACUCAUCAUCAUCAUCGGCUUCGUCAAGAUUGGCCAAGGUGGCAUAGAUGGUCUUCUCCCAGAAAAUUCCUUCAAGGGGUCCAAGUAUGAGUUUGGCAGCAUCGGCCUGGCGCUCUACAGCGGCCUGUUUGCCUACGGAGGCUGGAACUACUUGAAUUUUGUCACCGAGGAGAUGAUUGAACCUUACAAAAACCUUCCUCGUGCCAUCAUCAUCUCUCUGCCCAUAGUGACAGUAGUCUAUGUUCUGACCAACCUGGCAUAUUUCACCACCCUCUCCCCUGAGCAAAUGCUCGGCUCAGAGGCCGUGGCUGUGGACUUUGGUAACAGACACCUGGGCCCAAUGGCGUGGAUCAUCCCAGUUUUUGUAGGUCUGUCCUGCUUUGGAUCAGUCAACGGCUCUCUGUUCACAUCCUCCAGGUUAUUCUUCGUGGGUUCCCGGGAGGGUCACCUGCCCAGUCUGCUGUCAAUGAUCCAUCCCUCCCUGCUGACCCCGCUGCCCUCACUGAUAUUCACUUGCUUGAUGACGCUGCUCUACGCCUUCUCCAACGACAUCUUCUCCGUCAUAAACUUCUUCAGCUUCUUCAACUGGCUCUGCAUCGCCAUGGCGAUCGUCGGGAUGAUGUGGCUCCGUUAUAAGAAGCCAGAGCUGGAGCGCCCAAUCAAGGUGAACAUUCUGCUGCCGGUGAGUUUCGUGCUGGCCUGCCUCUUCCUCAUCAUCGUCUCCUUCUGGAAGACUCCAGUGGAGUGCGCCAUCGGCUUUGGCAUCAUCGGCACCGGAAUUCCCGUCUACUUGUUCGGUGUGUGGUGGAAGAGCAAACCCCAGUGGCUGCAGAAUGGAAUCUUCUCGACCACAGCCCUCUGCCAGAAGAUGAUGGAGGUGGUGCCUCAGGAGUCCUAAAAGCCAGUAGCCAAUCACGGUGCACCAAUAGUGACCUCUGGGCUCUGACGUUACAGCCGGUGAAGCUUGACUCCUCGAAGCCCCCCUACACACACACACACACACACACACACACACACACUCUGUCUGCUGGGCGCUGAUAAGGACCUGCUGAAGACGGGCGUUUGAGGCUACUGUGUCGAUCCUCAACUAUUUUUCUGUUUGUUUCUUCUGUUGCUGACAUAGGCUGUCGUGUUUUCUUGUUUGUUAUGAUGCACUUCAAUGAAUUUGUUUUUACUUUACUGUUUUUUUGUUUGUGUGAAUACGUUCAUGAAAAAUAUCCUUCCUCGUCAGAACCCCGUUGUAUUAAGCAAAUUGUGCCUUACGUGGCAAAUGAAGGUGUACCUGUCAGCUGUAGCAGUAGUUGUGGAUGGUGUCUGAGGCUGUGGUCAGCCUCGGCACUGACCCGCAAACAGCUGCAAACAGAGCUCUCUCAUUCCAAAACCUUUGGAACCGGGAGCGUUGUCUUUUUAAAAUCCUACAAUCAUCCACUUUAAAUCUCCUGGAGCCAGCUUGUGCUCUCAAGUCAAAGUUUUGUCAGAUAUUCAUGUAGGAAGCGGUGGUCCUGUUGCUCGUUGGUUGAUGCAGCAUGUCGGCCACUAUCAUGCCUGUGACCACUCAGCGUCUGUUGUGUGGAGUUUUUGUGAGUUGAGUGAAGAUCUUGGUGUGUUAGAGCUGUUUCUGUUUUCUCAUUGUUCUACUUUCACGAGUCUCACCUGAGUUUUACAUACGCGGAUGUUUAGUCAGCAAUUAAGAUUAUUUAAUAUUUGUUUUUUUUUUUUUUUUUUUUUAUCUCAUUGCUCUUUAAAUCAUCAUGUGACAAGACUGACAGAGGUGCAUAUGCCAGACUGCGAAAUUGUAUUUUGACUAUCACUGAAAAGUGGGUCAAAAUUCCAAGCAUGUGCUUUUUUCCUGCUGUUGAUUGUUUUUUGGGGUCAGCAAUCUCAUUUUGACCGGGAUCAAUAUCUCCACGUACUGAGCCUGGCUCGCAGAGCGCUGUUAAAACCCCAUUACGCUGAGUGUUCAAGAGACAAUGUUUCAGACUGUAUACUGAAAUAUGUGUGUGUGAGUGUCUGUGAUUUCUACUUGGAGGUUCAGUCGGUUUCUCUUGUGAUCUUCUUGGACACACACGGGGUUAGGGUCAGGGUUUUUUGUAUUUUGGCGUGUGUGUUUGUUUUCCCUACUUAGCCUACUUUCGCAACACAUUGCAGACUAAAGACCACUUAAUUGGGCAGAGCUUGUACAGUAGGGGACAAAGGUAUGUCCCCAACUGGGAAAAAGCAGAUUUUUGGGUCAGUGGUUAACAUUAGGGUAAGUCAAGGAAAUAAAGUCAAUGUAAAUCAAAAUGUCCCCGUAAGUGACCAAAGUUACCGUGUGUGUGCGUGUGUGCGUGUGUGUGUGUGUGUGUGUGUGUGUGUGUGUGUUUUGGGGUCCUUAAUGUGGAGGUAGGUGGGGGUGAGAGGUCAAAGAGGAUAAUAUAACAGUCAGACAACGUGUGCUUCAGUCUAUGGAGAGAGAUGCUGGGGAGGAAAUGGGAGAGGAGAUUUGUUUUUUGUUUUUUUUUUGGGGGGGGGGUUAGUACAGAAGGCCACGUUUGCAGAUCAUAGUAUGAAUGGCUAGUUGUUAUUUUUCAUCCUCAUGUUUUGUUUUUACCUGUCCACGCACCGUGACAGUUAGUGCUGUAUUAUUAGCCUCCGCCCUCCAUCUGGUAACGGACCAAAAGUACACGCUACUGUUGCAGAGUUGUUUCCAUGGAGACAACGCCGGCGGAUGCAGGAGGGGUUAAUUUGUAUGUUUUAGAUGUAGAACCUUUCUAACGCUCCAGCCAUCGCACAAAGCCGAUGGUAACUAACCUGAGUAGGACUGUAGAGAGUUUAUUUAUUUAUUUUUAGAAUACUUUGUUGUCACUGUUAGCAGCCCUUCUAACUUGUUUACAGGGCAUUUUGUGAAAAGUGCUUUACAAAUAAAUCUUGAGUUUUUUUUCCA